GAAGAUAAUGAAAAUAGCAUCGGUUAACGAUAAACGAAUUUACAACAAAUUAGACAAUGAUAAUAAUACAAUAAUGAUCACCGUUCCGCACGAGUACAGUCAUGCUCGAGGGAUCAAUUGAAACAGGUACAUAUUCUGUAAAAUACGUGAUGGCGAGGGAUCUAAGGAUGUUGUAGUACGCUGUGUUUGUCAUGCUGUUCCGGUUGACUGUGAAAUUCACAACCUGUCGGCCUUUCCAUGUGCUGAUCGAUGCUGUGCCGGAUCAUCCGGUUGAUCUCCGCAUCGUACCGACCCACGCUUCCCAGGAUUUAUUUUUGAGAGCCAGCUACCUUAUCCUUUACUGAGUCAGUUGCAAGGUACUCGCGCGUCAAAUUCAAUCAAAACAUGGGUCCAUAUCUAUAUACUGUUCAAACUAGUACUGGAAUCUACGCAUCCAUGGGUAAUCUACCGGCAAAUAUCGACAGCUGUUGGAUCGACACUUACUGCUGUAUUUAACUUUUAAUAAAAAACGAAUAAUGGAUUGCAUAGCUGUUUCUCCGAGUUAUAUCUGCUGCUCCUGUUAAGUUUGUAAAUCACAUUCGGAUGCUCCAAUUUGGGUGGGAAUUCGUUUUAAUUCUGCUUGCCUCCAACCUUUGCGACUAAAAUAUUUUUAUGUUACCGUUAUACAUUUUUUUGUUGGUCAUGAUACUUAUUGAAGCAGUUCAAGUUGGAGCUAUUCAUGCCUUGUAAUAAAAGCUGAUCCAGCGCUUCUAACGCAAUAAAAUGGAUCGUCCCGAUGAAAGCUUUGCAAAAGCCGCUACCAAGCACUGGUUUCGUGACUUGCUGGGUGGAAAAAAUAACUCUGCAAGGUCCUCCAUUCCCAACACCGCGCGGACAGUCACGGAGCAGUAUGACCUUACGGAACGGAUUCCGUCCAAUAAAAGGCGGACGCGAUCGGCUGGACACUUAGAGUUUUCCAGACCUAUGACCUUUGCUGCUGUUGACCAUCCUGCUGGGUUGGCGGAUGAGAAAGAUGGUUCAUACAGCGCUCAGGUGGCAACGGAGAGCUGCGAAUCGAACUACGGAUCUGAGACUGGUGGUCGAAAUGCAGUUAGCACUCCGGAGAGCUCGCAAGGACGACACGACAGCCUCCGUAUAGAAAAUGAAAUAUCAGAAAACUACGCCGAAGAAAAUACCUCAACUUCACCAAGAAAGAAUUUCGAGCAUUCACUCACUAACCACGGUGACCCCAAAGAAUCGGUAACUGACAACUCACUUAUCGAACGGAGUGCUGCUUCCCACCAGUCAAGCCACGAAAUAACUCGCUCGGACAGCAGCUUGGCACUUCCUUUAAAACCAUUCCCAAAUAACAACGAUUCUUAUAUCAAUGAUGAAGAUGUUAGGACAAAUUCGGCAGAAAAGAAAGACGAAACAUUAAAGCUACCAUCACCGGGUUCGACCGACUCCGACGAAUAUUUGGUUGUCGUUAGCAAAGAUUUGAUACCAAUAAAGAAGUACCGAAGGCGAAGGAAAUUAGAAUCCCCAGGUGGCGAUCACACCAAAGAAACCGUGAAUCUGCCGCCGAAGAUGAUCGUAUCCGAAGUUAAAUUACCUAAAGCAGAAUUAAAGCACACUGAGCAGGAGCAAAAAGCGGAACCAUCAGCGAAGAUUGAAACUGAAGAUUUCAGUCGUACAAUAAACGUAUCGGAAGAAGAUAUGAUUGUAGCCGAAGAAAGCAACGAAGGUGUGAGGUUUGCAGAACUUGAAGUGCAAGAGGAGGAAAGGAUUUUGACUGCUUCCAAAGACAGAUUGCGCAAAGUUUUCGCUUUAAUCGUUCAUCGUACAGACCGGCUGGCAGUGAGUUCUCUCGUCCAAAGCGUGGUGGUCAGAAUAAGCAUAAUCGACAGAUCGACUUCCGACUAUCUUAAAAAAACAAAGCGAGCAGCAACUUUUUAUUACGAGAACGCCCGAAAGGACCUGGAUUAUAUUCUGCCGGUUAUGACCAGAAUCUGUGAUAUACCAAAGUCUUCGAAUCCAGUUACAAGUAUACCGGCGUGGGAGGAACAGUUGCUAUAUAAUGAAGAGUUCGCGCGAUUUGCUUCUGAAGAUGUUUUGCUGUUUUUCGAGCUGGCUGACUUCAUCCCAGCAGCAAAAGCCACCAACCCAUCCAAAUCACACAAAUGGGAAGAUGCCUCCUUCAAACCAGUUGCUUGGGGGUUUUACAAAAUGCAGUCGCUGUCUAAGAAAGUGACUACUGGAAGGAAACGGCUACAGCUAUAUUUGCCUAUAAGUACGGGAUUAUUAAGCAAGCGGUCUGCGACAUUCCCCACCAUUUACCGGUGGUACUUAACAAAAAUUCGCAUUCGCUAUCCCUCGACUUUGUAUGUAACAUUAGUGGAAACAGAAAUUUCCAACAAAGUGCCACCAGUUUUGCGUUCGGUGUUGCCGAAUCAACCGGAAAUCGCUAAAGUCAGCUAUACUCGUCUGAAAAGUAUGCUAGGAUCACAAAUCAAUCUUGAAGGGUCAAGUGCUUCCGAAACAACGGUCGAGACUCACCCAAAGAACGAUAACGAAAAUGAUGUAAAGUUGACCAGCGAACCGACCAAGCGCAAGCAGCGAGCUUCCGUCCGCUUACCACACCAGAAAUGUCUAAUACCGAACAAUGUGCACAUGGAAAUCGCUGUAGGUCAGGAAGGAGCCACUGCUACAAAAUUCUCCAUUAGCGGCAGGAAUAUUGCUUUUGCUUGUUUUGAGCGACAAGCGGUGGCCUUCGUCCAAAUCAACGAUGUUCGCAGUAGUAUUGUUCGCGGGCGAUUGUAUGGAUCGUGCGGCAUUAUUUACGAGCUGGACUGGAACCGUGCAGAUAGCAGAAUAUUGGCUGCUAGUGCUGACGGUACCGCAAAGAUAUGGAAUUCCGAAACAUGCCAUCCAAAUUUUCUAAUUUCCUUGCCACAUCCGGGAUUUGUUUACUCUGCUCAGUUUCAUCCCGUGCAGCAACACAUUGUAGCAACCGGAUGUUUUGAUGGUGUUAUUCGUGUCUGGAACGUAUCGACCAGCUGGAACGAUUUUCUCCUGAUCGCAGAACUCUCCAGUCACUCUGGAUUUAUCAAUUGCUUGCUGUUCAACGAGCUCGGCAAUGAACUGUUUUCGGCCGGAAGCGAUGGAUACAUUAAAGUGUGGAAGCAAGGAGAAAGCGCAUUAAAGGUUAAUGAAAAUCUGGCCAACUGGAGUCCCUCGCAUGAACUGCUAAUUCCAAUCAACGUUAACACUGCAUCGGGAAUAACGGAUCUUAAAUGGAUUCCAAACCGAGGAGUACUGCUCGCUUUGACCCAAGACGAAGAAUUUCAUUAUAUUGACACCAAACGCUUAAUUGUAAUCGGAAGUGUCGUGAUCGGUGCACCGGUGAAGUAUCGCCUGCGCGGAGCAGUCACACCAUGCGGCAGUCAUUUAUAUGUGCCAACUAACGAAUCCACCAUUUCGGUUUUUAAUCUCAGCGACGGAAAGCAGGAACGGCAAAUCACUAAUGCGGUCCCAAGCGCCGUCCUGGAUGUGGACUUUCAUCCUUCCGAACACAUGCUAGCAUAUUGCGGACUGGGUUACCGCAGAAAGGCGGUGAUAAUGAACCACUACAAAGAAUUCACGGAUACCCCCACGUUAACGCUAAAGCGGAAAACAGAAAAAAAGCGGGAAAUUCUGCCGGUCAUCAAGCUUGCUAAGGGAAUGUCCUUGAUUGACUCCGGAAGGGCGUAUUCGCAAUCGGAAAAAAUUUCGGUUGUAUUAGAAAAGCUGAAUGAAAUCACGAAUGAUUUAAAAGCCCGGGAAUCUUUAAGUAUGGAGAACCCAAACCGGUUGUCCACAGCGGAAGGCAGGAUCGCAGCAGCCGCGGAACAUAACCGCAAUGGCAGCUGGAUUUCCCAAAUGACGCACACGGGUACACAUCACCAGCACACGCAUAGAGGCUUUAUGCUCAAUUUGAGCAAGUUGUAAGGCGCGAAAUUGGCUUGUAAACAAUGACGUUAAAGAAGUUAAUGCUGUUGCACGUGUUUAAUGCGUUAUAGCGGUCUUGAUUGUACUAUUACAGUAAUUUUCAGCUGUACCGUUAUUGGUACUAACACCAAAAGUAUUGUUACUAUCAGACGGACCGAACCUGGGCUAAGUUUAAGGCUAACCACGAAAGGAGAACCAACUCUGUAUAAAAUUGUUUUCAGAGUGGAUCCCACUU